CAGAGUAGCGAAUAAGCAAAGUUUUGUUUUGGUUUGGUACGAAUUUCUAAUUAUUAAUUAAAACUCCAUUAAUACAGACAUUUGAACUAAAUCCAUAUUUUCUAAGAUAUGGCAGAUAAUCCAAGUAGUGACGGUCUUUCUGAAGCUGAGAGGCUGAGAGAAGAAGAAUUGGCGCGUGAAUUAGAGCAUAGCGAUUCUAAUGAAGAAGACAACAAUGAAAUUUCAAUGGAUAUUGAAGAAAAACUCCUAAAAGACGAACCUGAAUAUACAACAUUAGUCAACUAUGGUGAAUCAGGUGGCAGCGCUAACAUAGAAAGUGAAAUCAUUGAGACAUACUCAGAUAGUUCCCAGAACAUUGAAACAGUCCACCGAGCAGACGAACUUGGUAACAUUUACACUGAAAAUUCAGAUAUGAUUAGCUCCCAACCGGACACACUCACAGAUGCCAAUGAUCAGUAUGAAUCUUACAUCAAUGAUUACACUUUUAUCAACAGUUCCACACAGGACAAUGUUGAACAGGGCAUACCAUCGGAAACAGAUCAAGUGGCUACUAGUACUGAAAUUAAGGAUUCUGCCACAGAACCAACAAUGAGUGAAUAUCAAAACGAAUUUUCCCAAAGCAACUAUGAUAAUUCACGGACAAUGGAGGAAUAUUUAAUAAGUGAGCGGGAAAGGGAAAGAAAGAGUAAGAAGGAGUUGGAGGAAGAAGAAAGAGAAAAGAUGCAAGUGCUAGUCUCCAAUUUCACGGAAGAGCAGUUGAACAGGUAUGAGAUGUACCGUCGAGCCGCAUUCCCCAAAGCCGCAGUGAAGAGGCUCAUGCAGACCAUCACCGGGUGCUCCAUCGGGCAGAAUGUUGUCAUCGCCAUGUCUGGGAUUGCCAAAGUCUUUGUUGGUGAAGUUGUUGAGGAAGCCCUGGAGGUGUUGGAGAAGUCCGGCGAGUCGGGCCCGCUGCAGCCCAAGCACCUGCGCGAGGCGCUGCGGCGGCUGCGCGUGCGCGGGACCAUCCCCUCUAGGAAGGCACAUCGCAGUAUGUUCACGCUGUAGUUGGGUUGUCUAUGGUUUAUUGCAGUGUUUUUCAACCUGUGGGUCGCGACCCCUUGGGGAGUCGCCAAGCUUCUGUAGGUGGGUCGCCAGAGAUCGAAAAAACUGGAUACUUUAGUUGGAGAUCAUAAAUAAUAAUACUGUAACAUACACAUACACACAUGAAAAAAAAAACCGAAGGGUCCAGGGGGUCGCAUGAUGAAAAAGGUUGAAAAACACUGGUUUAUUGUGUUGGGCCACAUUAACGGGAAACGCCAUAUUGACAUUGCCAUUAAUUUAUGAUAUAAAAUAUUCCUUAAAUUGUUUAUUUAGUGAUCAAAUUUAA